UCAUUUCCGAUGCAGGAGGCGGAUAAUUUUGGACUCCCCGUGUUUAGAUUUUUCGAUCGGUUUAAAACUAUAAAAGAAAAUCGAUAUCUUCCUUAAACUCUUCAUUGUUAUCUACAAACAGUCGUCAAUUGUUGAAUUUUACAGCUGAGGGAAAUGUUGGAUUACUGCAGCUGACUUUUGUUACUGGAAUGUGGAGAAAGAGUAGAAGAUUUGUCACAGCCAAUUUUGGAGGUUGGAAACCUCUAGCGAUAUGGAUUCUUAUUGCUUUAGGCAUAUCCUUUCUCUUGCUACGAAUAAACAAAAAAGACUCAAAAGAUGAUCUAAAUGGAAAUUUAAGAGUAUGGGAUGCCAGUGGUAGGAGAGAUAAGGCCAUACAUAAAGAAAUUCAAACACAUAUUCCUGAAGCCGAUACCGUCUGUGGUACUUCCUGCCUGUCUGGGCAGAAAUCUUUCUAUGUGAAGACAGGAAGCGGUAAAGAUGUGGGUCCGACCAUAUGUUACGAAGGGAAGAUCUACAUGAGUGAUAAAGAAAAGAAUGUGGGGAGAGGGCUCAACAUGCUGGUUAUUGAUGGUGAUACACACAAUGUUAGAGACAUGAAAACGUUUGACACAUACACUAGUGACCAGUCCUUUCGACAGUAUGCGCAGAUGGAAAUGAAAGAAAAAACAGUUGUUAUUAUAGCCAGUUUUGAUGAGAUAUCCUUUUCGUUGAGAGAUGAAGCCAAGACAUGGCUAAAGGUGAUGGGGGCGAGUCAGAUCGACAAAGUUGCAUUCCGUGAUUCCUAUGUUCUGAUUGGUCAACGAGGCCUCAAACAGGGGCAUGCAGUAGAAUUUAUAAAUCCUAUGAAAGAAAAUGAAGAAUAUGCAGCACCUUUAGAAAAGAAAGGAUGCUUCCCUAUUCCAGUGGGUCCAUUGGAAGACUCUUCCAAACUACUGGCCUCCCUGAAGGAUAUAAAGAUGGGGUCAGAGCUAAAGAACUGUGGGCUGGAGACUGCGUGCGAGGGGACCCCCAUACAGGUGUUCACAGGUGACACAGACAGCGUCAUGCCACACGUCUGUGUGGGCGGCAAAAUGGUGAUGGAAAAAGAUGUGAACAAUGCAGGGAGAGGCUUCAAUGUUGUGGUUCUGGAUAAUGAAUCCAGGAUACCCAAGUUUGUGAACAGAUUUGACACCUAUGCAGCAGACAGCAUAGAUAUGGAGGAGUUCCUCAAGGGGUUACACGAGGGAGACAUUGUGAUAGCGGUCAUCAAUGAUGAUGCAUCCAAACAAUUGAAGCAAGGUGCCAUAAAAGAAAUGAAUUCAUUGGGCAGCAGUGCAAUACAGAACUUAGGGUUCAGAGAUAUUUGGUAUUUCAUUGGCCAGAAAGGAAUUAAGGGAUAUAGCGAGUUUGAAGAGAUCAGUUUUGCCUCCUAUGAUGGAGAGUGGCCAAAGCAAAUCAAGAAAUCACUCUGUCUUCCAAGAACUUUGAGGAGCCUGAAGAUAGCCCCAAAACUCGGAGGCAAACGUAACUUGGAGAAACGAGAGUUCUGCAAGCUCAACGACGGGUAUAGUGAGUUCUGUGACACUCAAAGAGUUGAUGACAAGCUGGAACCGGCUCCCCUAGAGGAUAAGGGGACCGAAAACGACGAAAUCUACAAAACGCCAAUUCUUAUCAUUCCAGGAUUAGAUCACAACGCCCUGGCGAGGACACUAGAGACAACUCUUAUUCAGCCGGGGAUUAAACCGGACCUUGUCACCGUAGCAGUUGAUGAGCAGACGCCGGACCAUGGGCAGCUGGCCACAUUAUUCAAAUUCCAGAAUAUAAGUCUGGCCAGUGUAGCUAGAUAUGAAGAUAAGAUGAACAGUGCCAUAGAGAAAUUCUUCUCUCAGACUAACAGUAAAUACGUGAUUGUGAUAGAGGAGGAGAUCGUACUGACCCCCGACUUCUUGCACUUCCUGUCUCAGUGUCUGCCCGCGCUAGAGGCGGACGACAGCUUGUUUGGUGUAUCUGCAUUUAAUUAUAAUGGAUUUGAAACAACGUCGGGUGACAAGACCCGAGUGAAUAGAAUGGAGGAUUUCCCCGGCCUUGCAUUCCUACUGAAACGUUCCGUGUACGAAUCGCAGAUGAAAUCCAAGAUGGACAAAUGUUGUCAGCAGAGGUCUUGGGAUUCGUGGACAUUGAAACAGUCUGGUGAGAUGCUCGUCCCUGACGUAUCCCGCGUGUUCAGACUGCCGUAUCAAUCGGCCAGUGACGACGACAGCUACCUAGAGAACCUGUUCUACCAGCCGAGAUUGACCAUUACGGAAUAUGGCGCAAAGAUAAAAAAUGUCAAUUCCCUCAAGUCUUCAUCGUAUGAAGAUGAACUGAAAAAGGAAAUAAAGGCAAGCAAACCGUUCCCCCUAAAAGAGCUUGAGAAGUGUUCAAGUAAAACAGAAACAGUGGAGCUGCCAUCUAAAGGCUCAACUUUCACCUUGUAUUUUUCGGAUAAAGACAAAGACAGAAAAGUGUUUCGUAAAUUAUGCAAGUGUUUUGAACUCUACUCAUCUGCAGGCAAACCUUUGAAAGGUCUUCACAAAAAUUCACUGAGGUUUUACUACAAAGAAAAUACUAUUUUUCUAAUUGCAUCUACAUCUCCCUACUUUGAAAUAAAAAGUGAGGAUGUUGCAGUGUACGAAUGACACCCACGCCAUCUUUGGUGGGGUUACAAGGGUCUUUCAGCAAAUUAACAACCAAGCAACUCAAAAUUGGCCACGUCUACGCACCACAGAGUUAUAGAGGGUAAUUGUGUAAAAAAAAAUCCACUUGUAAAUUCAAAUAUGCAAUUGUGUUGUUGUGGUCUUGAUUUUUGAACACAAUUACCUUUCAAACAGUGAAGGAUACAAAUGUUUGUUAGUGUUAAUUAAGACGGCAAAGCAAAAAAAAAUGGUAGUUACACUGACAAAUAUUGUAAAAUUGCUGAUGUUAAAGAAAACUAGAAGUAUCUUGAAUGGAAUAUUAAACAGAGAAGUGUAUUUUCAGUGACAUGCUUAUUAGAUGCAUGCUCAGUGCACUGCAAAUUCAGUAUAUUGCAUUUAAUAUACCGGUAUAUAUGACAUAUCUAUUUUACCAGUAUACGUCAACUACUACAUGUAACAUGUUAAUGUAUAUAUCCAUGUUUAUCUGUUGAGGUGUAUGAUUUGUAGAAGAGAGGGUGCAUAUAUAUACUUUUAACACUGCUACAAACUCAUUUACAAGUACAAACGAAUUUAUCUUAUUUAAGGGAAACUUAAUUUUAAUUCGUGCUCCAUUAAUUUCAUUUUACGCAGCAUCAACAUUAAUUUAAUUUAAUACAAUUAAGGUACUGUUACUCUCCUCAAAUUAAAAUAUUUCUGAUAUAAAAAUAACCACUUAAUUUUUUUUUUAGAAAAAAUUAUGAUGCAAUUUUAAUCUUGUUAAAGUUUGAGAAAGUUAAGUGAAUUGACUUAUAUCAGAUGUUAAUACUAUGUCGUUAACACUAAUGUGAGAUAUAUGUACUUAUCCCAGAAUUGAUUUUACAUACAGUAUAUUUAUAUAUUUUUUUUAGGCAUGAGACGUUAAAACAAGUGAUCUCAAAACUCUAAUCUAUAGUUUAUUUGUUAUGUAAUUAACAUUAAUUAUUCAAUUACGUUGUGCAUGUUAUAAAGUUAUUUUGGUUCUUUUCGAAAGCAUUUAUUUAUAUGAAUUAUAGCUGUAAAUCUCAAAGUCAAAAAUAAAUUGUUGACUAUAAGAGACUACCUAAUAACUAUGGAAAGUUGUGUACUGUUUAUAUAUAACAAUGAGUACUGUUAAUAAUAUGUUUGUUAAUAAGUAUUUAACUACAAGUUAUGGACUACUGCAUCUAGACAAUUCUUACACAGACAACAGUAUUAAAAACUGCCAUUAUAUUUAAAAUUUAUUGAGACGCAAUGAAUAAUGUUUGUGCCAUAAACAGACAAC